AUGGUUUGGUUACGACCAGGUAAGCUUGCCCAUGUAGUAUCAGGUCCAUGGAGUCAGUCAUUGACGGUCCAUCAGGGAGUUUUCUCAUCCGUUCUCAUCUCAGCCGACUUCAAGUACUGGUUUCCCGAGACUAAGGUCGCGAGUAUCUCUGGAAUCGUUUCCAGUUGCUUCGCACUGGGCGCCUUCUUUGGGGCAAUCUUUGCCUUUAUUUGCGGUGACAAGUUGGGGCGCAAGAAGACCAUCUGGGUCGGUCUCCUCAGCAACCUAAUCGGCGCUGUUCUACAAAUCGUGUCAUGGCAUCUUCCUCAGAUGAUAGUCGGGCGUGUCAUCAACGGAUUCGGUAUGGGCGUUACCUCAUCAACCUGUCCCGUCUAUCAGGCUGAGUGCUCUAAGCCUCGCGUUCGAGGUAAACUCGUUGUCGUGCAGUCCCUUUGUAAUACCGCCGCCUUUUGCCUCGCCAAUUGGAUGAACUACGCCCUCGGUGUUCGAAGCGGCCCUAUCCAGUGGCGUUUCCCCCUCGGCUUCCAGCUUCUGUUCCCCUGCGUCAUCGCCGUUGCGCUGCUCUUUGUCCCCGAUUCUCCUAGAUGGCUGAUGCUCAAGGACCGACACGAGGAGGCUCUUGUGGUCAUAGCACGACUUGCUGGCAGUAACGCGACCCCCGAGGAUGUCGAAGUCGUGACAGAGUUCAGAUCAAUCCAAGCGACAAUCCAGCAAGAGCGCAAUGAGACCGUAUCCAUGAUUGAUAUGCUCAGGUGUCGUGACAAGACUCAAAACCUUCGCAGGAUCCUACUGUCGUGUGGUACACAAUUUAUGCAGCAGUUCUCGGGUGUCAACGCUCUCGGUUACUACCUCCCUACCAUGUUACAGCAGGUUCUUGGCUACAGCGCACGCCGAAGUCGCCUUCUCACUGGCGUUAAUGGCACGAUCUACCUAUUUGCCGCUAUCUGCUGUCUGUUCAUUAUUGACCGCUUCGGUCGCCGAAAGCAAGCCUAUACCUAG